CCCGUUAUUCAGACGGCCGACAUCUGACCGAACAAGGAGGAAGGUAGCGACUUGUUCAAAGCCUGUACACUAGUACACACACCAAAUUCAUGGUAUUGUUUUAAUCGUAAAGUUGACAACAAUGAAGACCGUAUUUGUAACUGUGGGUACUACAAGUUUCGAUGAGCUCAUUCUAACGAUAAAGACUCCUGAAGCUGUUAAGGCACUAAAGGCUCGUGGUUAUGAGCGUUUGGUUCUACAGGUGGGAAGAGGCUCUGUCCUUCCUGGUCCAGAGAGUGGUCUAGAUCUCACACUGGAGGCCUUCCGUUUCAAAGACUCAAUUUCUGAAGACAUCGCUCGUGCUGACCUUGUCAUCAGCCACGCAGGGGCUGGGAGCUGUCUGGAGGCUCUGGGAGCGCGCAAGCCUCUUCUGGUGGUGGUCAACAACAAGCUGAUGGACAACCAUCAGCUGGAGCUAGCUCGACAGCUCCAUAAAGAGUCUCACCUGCUCUACUGCACCUGCAGUUCCCUUACGGACACCCUGAGAACAAUGGACCUGUCUGUACUGGUGCCUUUCCCACCUGCACAGACAACGCAUUUUGCAAACUUUCUGGACAUAGCCCUUGGCGUACAGUGAAUUUGUCUGUUGAGUAAAUCAAUCUGUAACCAUCUAUAUUUAAUAGUACUUGCUCGUACAUUAUUGCUGAGAUUGUCCAAUAGAUUUGUUGAUUUUCUUUCGCUUUUGUAAGGUCAGAAAUGGGGUACCAUUCACUAUUAUUCAUGCAAAAGGUUGUAUAAGAUUGUAUAUUGUACAUAAUUGUAUAUUUUACAUUUUAUUAUCAUUAUUCAUUUCAUUUAAUUAUUACUUUAUAUGUUAAAACAUGAAGUAGAUGGUCAUCUUGAUAGUUGUUAUAUUAAGUUUCACUCUCACGGUUUUCAGGUUUUGUAUUUUUAUUUAAUUUUGUAUUAAAAGACUUAAAUGAUUCAGACAUGGGUCACCUGAGUCUAAACGGAGACAAUCCAGGGAAGAGUUAUCCUCUGUGAUGAAAACCAACACCCCUUUGGGUUUGUCCAACCCAACGAGCAGAGGACUAGAUAGCCAAUCAGACGUUGAAAACCACUGAGCAGGCUCCCUUCUCUUGACUGGAUUUAAUAAAGAAAGAAUUCUCUCCUCAUACAA